GAGACACAGCGGGAGCUGCAGUUUAGUAACACGUUCUGUCAACUAUGUGAGAAGAAUGGGGGGUCAGGCAGGUGAAGCCACCAGGGAUUCAAACACUCCUGUACCACUGUUCUCCUUGGUAAAGUACUUCACUUCACUUGGUUUUAGCAACAUCCUGUUUUACGAUGCCCACGCCCACGGAUGAUUCCAUUGAUGACUAAAAACUAAUCAAGCUAGUUAACUUAAAUCCAUGCUUUGAUGAUUUAAGUGGGCGGGAAAACAACUCUCUAAUAUUAUAUGGAGCUGAGUGACCGACCCAGACUUCCAAGAGAAGAAAAAAAUUGACAGAUUUAUUAUUGUUAUGAAUUUCUUUAAGGAUAUGGAAUGUUACGGGUGCUUUAGCAGUCCAACAGUUUUUCCACAUUUUAGACAGUUAGUUAUGAUGGCCACACAAAGCCAAGCCUGAUCUCUGGCUGUGACUGGGGAGUUUCCAGAGCUUCACAGUCAGCACCAGAUGAAUAGCUUACUUGUGUACUGUGGUUCUGCAUAAACGUUUGCCCACCCCCUUUUUCUAUCUUAAUGCAAAAUAUCCCUCACUCUCUGGGUGUAGAUGUUAUCGCGUCAUAACAAGUGUGAGGCGUACACAGCGUGUGUAGUCAGUCAAUGCCUCAUGUUUGAAUUAAGACCAAUUGCUCUUCCCCAAACCAAAAUAGAAACAUGCCUAAUGCUAUUAUAUAUAUUCUGACCAGAAAUCAAAGGAGAAAGGCUAAGGAAAGCUUUUGUCAAUAUGAUGCAUAUACCGUAACUAUGUUGUUGGAACUUUUGGGGCCAUCCAUGUCCUUUCUUGUCAGGGACAUAUUUUAUGCUGUGUGUCAUGUCCUCUGACUCAGGCCAUACAAUUUGUGGCCACAAGCUUCUCCCAAGACGCCAGGAUCGUGAUUAGAUAUUAAUAGGAAAUUCAACUGAAUGCGGCAUGUCAGUUUGUCCAGAAAAUCAUGACUCCGAUACGUUCUCCCGAGUCUAAAUAUGCAGCUGUGAAUUACAAUCAAUCUGACCUCGUUAUGAAGACAAUGUGCGCGUCCCAAAUGAUACCCUAUUCCCUAUACAGUGCACUACUUUUGACCAGAGCCCUAUUCAACAUGGCGCCAUUUGGGACACACAAAACAAGCGUCUGGACUUCGGCGCAUUAAUUACGGUCAAGAGGAAUAUUGUUCAGAGAGCGUGACCGACCCUAUUGGACUACUCUGCAUGGCGACAGUGCCAAUAUCACGUCUGGUUCUCUCAACAGACGGCCAAGACCAGAAACAGAACCAACUCUGUCCAUAUUUUUGAUUUGUCUGUUUACUUAAUAAAGCACAAAGAAGGUCACAGCUUUGGCUCUUUGUUCAGGUCUGGGUGCCAGAGAGCGUCUCUCUCCACGUUAUGAAGCCUUCCAAGGCUGUUACUACUAUGGUGCUGAUCUAAAUGACCCCUGAAUCUAAACAAACUAACAACAUGAAUAACGGCUCCGUUCAGCGAUGAAAUGUAGACUAAAUGAAUAAAAACAUGAAGAAGAACUCACUGGCAGGCAACUUUGGAUGACAUCGUCUGUUUCUUGUUGGACGAUAUUAACGGGCGUGUAAGAGGUCUCGUACGGUGAUAAAUUGCCAUGUACGGAAUAACGUCCUGGGAUACUACAAACGAUCCUGAUUACCAUGGCUAUAUUUCACCUAUAACCACAUCAUUUCAACCUGAUUACCAUGGUUAUAUUUCACCUUUAACCACAUCAUUUCAACCUGAUUACCAUGGCUAUAUUUCACCUUUCUUUAACCACAUCAUUUCAACCUGAUUACCAUGGCUAUAUUUCACCUUUAACCACAUCAUUUCAACCUGAUUACCAUGGCUAUAUUUCACCUAUAACCACAUAAUUUCAACCUGAUUACCAUGGCUAUAUUUCACCUUUAACCACAUCAUUUCAACCUGAUUACCAUGGCUAUAUUUCACCUAUAACCGCAUAAUUUCAACCUGAUUACCAUGGUUAUAUUUCACCUAUAACCACUUCAUUUCAACAAUAUUUUUGUAAUAUUUUUUAUGGGAUGUACAGUGCCCCUUGACUUAUUCCACAUUUUGUUGUGUUACAGCCUGAAUUCAAAAUGGAUUAAGUAUAUAUUUUUUCUACACACAAUACCCCAUAGUGACAAGUGAAAACAUGUUUUUAAAUAUAUUUAACAUAUAACCACAUCAUUUCAACCUGAUUACAAUGGCUAUAUUUAACCUAAGUGCGAUGAUGAAACUGGCUCUCAUGAGGACUGCCACAGGAAAGGAAGACCCAGAGUUACCUCUGCUGCAGAAGAUACGUUCAUUAGAGUUACCAGCAUCAGAAAUUGCAGCCCAAAUAAAUGCUUCACAGAGUUCAAGUGACAGACACAUCUCAACAUCAACUGUUCAGAGGAGACUGUGUGAAUCAGGCCUUCAUGGUCAAAUUGCUGCAAAGAAACCACUACUAAAGGACACCAAUAAGAAGAAGAGACCUGCUUGGGCAAAGAAACACGAGUAAUGGACAUUAGACCGGUGGAAAUGUGUCCUUUAGUCUGGAGUCCAAAUUGGAGAUUUUUGGUUCCAACCGCCGUGUCUUUGUGAGAUGCGGUGUGGGUGAACGGAUGAUCUCUGCAUGUGUAUUUCCCACCGUAAAGCAUGGAGGAGGAGGUGUUAUGGUGUGGGGGUGCUUUGUUGGUGACACUGUCUGUGAUUUAUUUAGAAUUCAAGGCACACUUAACCAGCAUGGCUACCACAGCAUUCUGCAGCGAUAUGCCAUCCCAUCUGGUUUGGGCUUAGUGGGACUAUCAUAUGUUUUUCAACAGGACAAUGACCCAACACACCUCCAGGCUGUGUAAGGGCUAUUUGACCAAGAAGGUGAGGGAUGGAGUGCUGCAUCAGAUGAUCUGGCCUCCAUAAUCCUCCGACCUCAACCCAAUUGAGAUGGUUUGGGAUGAGUCGGACCGCAGAGUGAAGGAAAAGCAGCCAACAAGUGCUCAGCAUAUGUGGGAACUCCUUCAAGACUGUUGGAAAAGCAUUCCAGGUGAAGCUGGUUGAGAGAAUGCCAAGAGUGUGCAAAGCUGUCAUCAAGGCAAACAGUGGCUAAAAUAUAUUUUAAUUUGUUUAACACUUUUUUGCUUACUACAUGAUUCCAUAUUGGUUAUUUCAUAGUUUUGAUGUCUUCACUAUUAUUCUACAAUGUAGAAAAUAGUAAAAAUAAAGAAAAACCCUUGAAUGAGUAGGUGUGUCCAAACUUUUGACUGUACUCCUGAGUGGUGCAGUGGUCUAAGGCACUGCAUCGCAGUGCUAACUGUGCCACUAGAGAUCCUGGUUCAAAUCCAGGUUCUGUCGCAGCUGGCCUUGACCGGGAGACUCAUGGGCGGCGCACAAUUGGCCCAGCGUCGUCCAGGGUAGGGGAGGGAAUGGCCGGCAGGGAUGUAGCUCAGUUGAUAGAGCAUGGUGUUUGCAACGCCAGGGUUGUGGGUUCGAUUCCCACAGGGGGCCAGUAUAAAAAAAAUAUGUAAGUCGCUCUGGAUAAGAGCGUCUGCUAAAUGACGUAAAUGUAAAAUGGUAGUGUAUGUAAAUGGGAUAUUUCAUUUUAAAUAAAUGUUUUCACUUUAUCAUUAUGGUGUAUUGUGUGUAGAUGGGUGAGAUGUAAUUCUUUAUUUAAUCAAUUUUGAAUUCAGGCUGUAACACAACAAGACGUGGAAUAAGUCAAGGGGUAUGAAUACUUUCUGAAGACACUAUAACCCUGAUUACCAUGGUUAUAUUUCACCUAUAACCACAUCAUUUCAACCAUAUUUUUAAAAUGUUUUUAACGGGAUGUAACCAGUGUUUUCCUUUCCCAGAAGUGUGCAAACGCAAAGAUCCCUAAAGUGCAAUGAUGUUACGGCACUUAUGUAAUCAAGAUGAAGAUCAUCCGGGAAUCUGACUUUGUUGACAGCACGGCAACCAACCGUGUUUUGACACAACAUGGUUUUGACACAAACCAGUGAAGUCAACCGCUCCUCUCCGAUAAGCUGCGAAAUCCCAAUCAAUCACCUGCUGUGGUGUUGCGUUCAGGGUCACCAGCGGUCUGCCCAAAUGGCACCCUAUUCCCUAUAUAUAUAUAUAUAUAUAUGGGCCCUGGUCAAAAGUAGUGCACUAUAAAAGGGAACAGGGUACAGUUUGGGAUGUAACCCAGAUCAUGUGUUUCUAUGGUUCCCCCUGGGAGGAAUCUGUUAGCAGUCUGCUGUCACUGCUCUCCGCCGCCCUGCAAUCAAUCCAUAUAGGCUGAUCAUUCAUCUCUAGUCUCCCUGCAUGACUCUACCAGGCAUUAGGUUACAGCCAAAGCCAUAUGGCACAGUUUAACACUGAUUUAUUUCAUUUCGAAUUUGUUUACAAGUUGGAGAAAGUUUUACCACCUACAGUGAGGGAAAAAAGUAUUUGAUCCCCUGCUGAUUUUGUACGUUUGCCCACUGACAAAGAAAUUAUCAGUCUAUCAUUUUAAUGGUAGGUUUAUUUGAACAGUGAGAGACAGAAUAACAACAACAAAUAUCCAGAAAAACGCAUGUCAAAAAUGUCAUAAAUUGAUUUGCAUUUUAAUGUGGGAAAUAAGUAUUUGACACCUCUGCAAAACAUGACUUAGUACUUGGUGGCAAAACCCUUGUUGGCAAUCACAGAGGUCAGACGUUUCUUGUAGUUGGCCACCAGGUUUGCACACAUCUCAGGAGGGAUUUUGUCCCACUCCUCUUUGCAGAUCUUCUCCAAGUCAUUAAGGUUACGAGGCUGACGUUUGGCAACUCGAACUUUCAGCUCCCUCCACAGAUUUUCUAUGGGAUUAAGGUCUGGAGACUGGCUAGGCCACUCCAGGACCUUAAUGUGCUUCUUCUUGAGCCUCUCCUUUGUUGCCUUGGUCGUGUGUUUUGGGUCAUUGUCAUGCUGGAAUACCCAUCCACGACCCAUUUUCAAUGCCCUGGCUGAGGGAAGGAGGUUCUCACCCAAGAUUUGACGGUACAUGGCCCCAUCCAUCGUCCCUUUGAUGCAGUGAAGUUGUCCUGUCCCCUUAGCAGAAAAACACCCCCAAAGCAUAAUGUUUCCACCUCCAUGUUUGACGGUGGGGAUGGUGUUCUUGGGGUCAUAGGCAGCAUUCCUCCUCCUCCAAACACGGCGAGUUGAGUUGAUGCCAAAGAGCUCCAUUUUGGUCUCAUCUGACCACAACACUUUCACCCAGUUCUCCUCUGAAUCAUUCAGAUGUUCAUUGGCAAACUUCAGACGGGCAUGUAUAUGUGCUUUCUUGAGCAGGGGGACCUUGCGGGCGCUGCAGGAUUUCAGUCCUUCACGGCGUAGUGUGUUACCAAUUGUUUUCUUGGUGACUAUGGUCAUCUGGAUCUGAUUGAUUGAUUGCUUCUGUGGACAGGUGUCUUUUAUACAGGUAACAAGCUGAGAUUAGGAGCACUCCCUUUAAGAGUGUGCUCCUAAUCUCAGCUUGUUACCUGUAUAAAAGACACCUGGGAGCCAGAAAUCUUUCUGAUUGAGAGGGGGUCAAAUACUUAUUUCCCUCAUUAAAAUGCAAAUCAAUUUAUAACAUUUUUGACAUGCGUUUUUCUGGAUUUUUUUGUUUUUAUUCUGUCUCUCACUGUUCAAAUAAACCUACCAUUAAAAUUAUAGACUGAUCAUUUCUUUGUCAGUGGGCAAACGUACAAAAUCAGCAGGGGAUCAAAUACUUUUUUCCCCUCACUGUAGGUAUGUAACAUACUGUAUGAAGGAGAAUUGUAUAGGAGAUUCAUUUAUUCUACUACGGGCUGGGAACAUUUCCCCACCUAUUUAACAUAUGAAGGAGAACUGUAUAGGAGAACGCUUUUGGACAACUGCUGUGUUUCACUUACAGCCUGGGUCUAUAUUUCAUAUAUGCUCUGAAACCACACCACCAAGGUAUAGUUUAAUAAAGGCCCUGAAAUGGUUAAUAAAGGCCCUGAAACCACACAUAAAGGAAGGGUUUAAUAAAGGCCCUGAAACCACACAGCAAGGUAUAAUUGGUUUCGUAAAGUCAGGCUCUUCCUAACUCUGGACCAGUCUGCUAGCAGCUCCAACUUCUGUCUGUAGUCUGUAGUCAUUUCAUAAAUCAUAGACCACAAAUUAAAUAUUGUGUGUGAUUUAUGCAACCAGGCAAAAGCAUGAAAGUACAAAAUCUCUGUCUUGAAUGUUUGACUUAAAGCAAUGUUCGUAACAGUUUUUCAACCUGAGAAAAUAACUUUCAGAACCACUUUUAUUCAGACCAUUAUUCUUCAAAAACAAUUUUAGUGGACCCUGUGAUAUUGUCAGUUAAUGUAUUAUUGCAACUCUGAUUCUCAACACUCUCAAAAUUCGUAUCUUACUCAUCAGCAUGACAUGACUGACAGCUAACUUUCCCCUCUCCUCUGUGAGUGUGAAACAGAGUGCCACCAACUGGUUGUGGUCUCCGGAAGAGGUGCCGGUUAAAUAUCAGUACAAUCGUCCCGGCACCUGUGUUAGAAGGCGUCGCAAUGACCAGUAGUAAUGACCUCUGUUAGAAAGCUUGGUAAUGACCAGUAGUAAUGACCUGUUAGAAGGCCUGGUAAUGACCAGUAGUAAUGACCUCUGUUAGAAGGCCUGGUAAUGACCAGUAGUAAUGACCUCUGUUAGAAGGCUUGGCAAUGACCAGUAGUAAUGACCUCUGUUAGAAGGCCUGGUAAUGACCAGUAGUAAUGACCUGUUAGAAGGCCUGGUAAUGACCAGUAGUAAUGACCUCUGUUAGAAGGCGUGGUAAUGACCAGUAGUAAUGACCUCUGUUAGAAGGCCUGGUAAUGACCAGUAGUAAUGACCUGUUAGAAGGCCUGGUAAUGACCAGUAGUAAUGACCUGUUAGAAGGCCUGGUAAUGACCAGUAGUAAUGACCUCUGUUAGAAGGCCUGGUAAUGACCAGUAGUAAUGACCUCUGUUAGAAGGUGUGGUGAUGACCAGUAGUAAUGACCUCUGUUAGAAGGCGUCGCAAUGACCAGUAGUAAUGACCUGUGUUAGAAGGCCUGGUAAUGACCAGUAGUAAUGACCUCUGUUAGAAGGCUUGGUAAUGACCAGUAGUAAUGACCUCUGUUAGAAGGCCUGGUAAUGACCAGUAGUAAUGACCUCUGUUAGAAGGCCUGGUAAUGACCAGUAGUAAUGACCUCUGUUAGAAGGCCUGGUAAUGACCAGUAGUAAUGACCUCUGUUAGAAGGCCUGGUAAUGACCAGUAGUAAUGACCUCUGUUAGAAGGCCUGGUAAUGACCAGUAGGAGACAGAUGUACAGAACACGCUUUACUGCAGGCUCAAGACAGGCACACACACACACACAGCAAACAGGAAGUAGAAGGGAACUAGUGGAAGUGAAUAGUGGUUUUAUUUACAAGGACACAAAUCAAAUCAAAUCAUCAGAUCAAAUGUUAUUGGUCACAUACACAUAUUUAGCAGAUGUUAUAGUGAAAUGCUUGUGUUCCUAGCUCCAACAGUGCAGUAAUAUCUAUCAAUUCACAACAAUACACACAAAUCUAAAAGGGUACAAGAAAUAUUAGGAUGAGCAAUGUCGCAUACUAUUAAACAUUCUUUUUUUUCUGCAUACUCAAAUGGCCUACUAUAUAGAAUGCAAGUAUGUCUCCUGAGUGGCGCAGUGGUCUAAGGCACUGCAUCGCAGUGCUAACUGUGCCACUAGAGAUCCUGGUUCGAAUCCAGGCUCUGUCGCAGCCGGCCGCGACCGGGAGACUCAUGGGCGGCGCACAAUUCGUCCAGGGUAGGGGAGGGAAUGGCCGGCAGGGAUGUAGCUCAGUUGAUAGAGCAUGGUGUUUGCAAUGCCAGGGUUGUGGGUUUGAUUCCCACGGGGGGCCAGUAUAAAAAAAAAAUAUAUAUUCACAAGUCGCUCUGGAUAAGAGCGUCUGCUAAAUGACUGUAAUGUAAAAUUAUUUGGACUUGACUGUGAUGGGCUUUACUACAGAGUGAGUUUACACAAAGGUGAGUCCUGGCCAUAAAAGACGGAUGAAUGACGUCUACUCAUUCGUUAAUGUUGCUUCCAUGCUAAAUCUAACCCCCUGUUGUCAAAGGCCCUCAGUCUUAGGCUUGUGUCCUAAACGGCACCCUAUUCCCUAUAGGCUAGUGUACUACUUUUGACCAGAGCCAUGUGAGGCUUAGGUCAAAUGUAGUGCACUAAAUGGGGGGAAUAGGGUGCUGUUUGGGACACAGAUUUUACGGCUUCAGGAGUCCUACCACUCAAGAGCUUGAUGGGCUGUGUCUGGUGGAAUGUAGCGGUCAAUCUCCAUGGGCACAGCUUGUUACUGCCAGACAGACACAGAGGGGAGCGGGCACUAUCCCGGGGAAGUACUGGUGUUUCACAAUGUGUUCGAGGGUAGGUGGGGAAUUUUCUUAGCUUAAUUCGGUCGGUCACGAUGGCGGCUCUUCAUUAAAAGACAAUCAGAGAUUUCCCCUCCCUGGCUUUUUAUUCUCAGUCAAUUCCCUUGAACCACACAUAUGUCCCACUAAACAAGGCCGUCGUGACUGCACACUAAAACCAAAUUGCUUGACUGGAAUAGCGAAUAAACUUCACAGAACAGAUACAUCCUCUCUCAGAAAAAGAAACACCUUCUUUGUCAAUUCCCUUGGACCGCAUUUACGUAUGCUGCUAAAUCAAGGCCACCAUGCCCAUAACUGCACUAAAACUAAAUUGUCCGACUGGAAGGAACAUAAGCUUUCUCAGAAAAAAACACCUUUGUUUUCGUAACCGAGCGUUUUCGUAACCGAGUCCUGAUAAACGGAGCAGGACCAGACCUACUCUUCAGUGUUCACCAUGACAUUUGAAGAGAUCUGUGCUUUUAACACCCUCCUGAGUCAUAUUGCUGUCACAAUCGUCAAAAACGAGUGGACCAAGGCGCAGCGUGGUAGGCGUACAUCUUUAAUGGAGUACUUAAUACAAUGCAACAAAACAACAAAAACGAUACGUGAAGUCUACGGUCAAUAACACAAACCUACACAGAACAAGAUCCCACAAUACACUGUGCCAAACAGGCUGCCUAAGUAUGGUUCCCCAAUCAGAGACAACAAGCAACAGCUGAUUCUCGUUGCCUCUGAUUGAGAACCACCCCGGCCAACAUAGAUACACAUGAACUAGAUCCUAACAUAGAAACACAAACACAUAGAAUCUACACACCCUGGCUCAACAUAUAAGAGUCCCAGAGCCAGGGCGUGACAAUUGCUUGGCUGUUGCUUCUGAAAUAGUUCUGCUAAUCCCACAUUUCAUCGACAGUGAGGAAAAUACGUAAUGGUGGGCAAGCCUAAAUCCUAAAGCUUGGGAGUUAACACUGGCACAUCAUCAGAUAUUGUCUGUAUCGGAGGCCAUUGAAAAUAUUACCACAUCUCUAAAUAAAAUCAUUGUGUGUCAGUGAAAUCCCUUUUUAUUUGUAUUGUAUUGCUUAAUUUAGGAUUUUGGCAACAACAGAAACGAUUAAAAACCCAGUCUUUGCAUAGUGAUGUAGUAAGUGCUGGCAUACCAGUGCAUAAGCACAGCCUCUCAGUGAAACAAUUGAGUGCUGCUUUGUCAAACCCUAACCCUAAUCCUCCUAGCACACAAUAAAAAAUAAAAAACACUUAAUUGCAGCUCAGCUACAUUUACAUUGUAGUCAUUUAGCAGACGCUCUUAUCCAGAGCGACUUACAGUUAGUGAGUGCAUAAUUAUUUUUAUUUUUUUCAUACUGGCCCCCCCAUGGGAAUCGAACCCACAACCCUGGCGUUGCAAGUACCAUGCUCUACCAACUGAUCUACAUGGGGGGCUGAGGUAGACCUAAAGGAAGCACAUAACCCACACAACAGUUGGUAUAAACUGUGUUCCCCACAAGAAUAUGAGUGUCUUGUGGACUGGAAAAAGACAGUCGUGUUUCAGCAGUGAUGUCAUCAACACCAAUGUCCAAUGAGAGGUGAUGGAUCGGAGCAGAACCAAAAGUGUGACAGGAAGUCCUAUAUUUAAGACACACAGCAAGGCCGCAGCCCAAAUGGCACCCUAGUCCCUAUAAAGUACUGUUGACCAGGACCCAUAGGGCUCUGUUCAAAAGUAGUGCGCUAUAUAGGGAAAAUGGAGUGCCAUUGGCUCCAAACCGACUGACACAACUGAGGAUAACACAGAAUCCCUCUUGAUCCAUACGAUUGGUCGUUAAAACACGGUGGCACGUUCAGCGGGCCAACAACAAGCCCAGCUGAAAAGGGGUCAAGUCGUCACAGGUCCAACAGUACAUGGUGAAGCAUGUCAUAACGGUGUCAAGUAGCUAAGUUGUCCCAACUUGACACCAGUUGUUAUGACUGGCUGGGAUCUAUUACGUCAUGCUCAUGACAGCUUUAUGAUACAUGGUUAAUGGACAUAGUAGAGUAGGGCCAUAUAACCACCAGCCAUUGACAACGCAGCCACAAAGACAUGUUAUCUCUGCUCAUUUGAAUAGCUGGUUACCCUUUGAUGAUAUUUGACAUUUAGCUCACUAGAACAUCUGCAUAAAAAAACUAAUAAGGUACAAUUUGUUUACAGGAUUCACGGAAUGAAUAUUAUAUAUAAUAUAACAUUUGGAAUAUGACAACAUUGAGAUGCUAUAUUCCAUGCACACACACACACACACACACACACACACACACACAAGAAGUCUGACCACAAUAGUACAUUUCUCUCUAAUAUCCCAACUCUUCUUGACAGAGAAACAUGAAAACAUUUCUCUGAAAGUGAAAUCAUAAAACCAGUGAAAGUGUGCAUGUGGUCAUCAUCAUGUUGCAUGGCUCCCAGCUCUCCAAUAGCUGAGAGAUCAGUUGCAUGGAUUUCCCACAACAGUCAUUAAAGAAAACCAACCUUGCAAUGCAGUCGGUCAGUCAUUGUUCCUGUAAAUAAUCAGUGGCACAGCGUUGCUCACCAACAACGUAAACAUCCUCGGUCCAGGAGUGUGAAUCACACUAAAUGAAAGGGCUUCCAUUGAACCCCAUGUCAACAAUUAGCCCUCAUGGUAAUAAGUCUGUCAGUACUAUUUAUACUGAUGUAGCAGGACUGAUGAUGGGUGCAGAGGGAAGAGGCCCCGGAGAGGAAAUAUUUUAAGAGAGCGAGACAGAUAGAGAGCCCAUAUACAGUAUGCCAAUAUAGGCCCUUUGAAUUGAAUUGAAUUGAAUUGAGAAAUAGAGCAGAAAGAAAGAGAGGGAGGGAGGGAGGGAGGGAGGGAAGAAGUGAGGGAGAGCGGGAGAGAGGAAGUGAGGGAGAGAGAGUGUCACACCCUGGCUCUGGGACUCUAUAUGUUGAGCCAGGGUGUGUUCAUUCUUUGUGUUAUAUUUCUAUGUUGGGGGUUCUAGUUCUUCUGUUUCUUUGUUGGCCUGAGUGACUCCCAAUCAGAGGCAACGAGUGUCAGCUGUGGCUGGUUGUCUCUGAUUGGGAGCCAUAUUUAAACUGUCUGUUUUCCCUUGGUGUUUGUGGGUUUUUGUUCCAGUUGGUCUUUGUUACCUAGGACGUUACGAGUCGUUUUGUUGUUUUGUAUCGUGUGUGCACUUUAACUAAUUAAAGUAUGUUCGCUCAACACGCUGCGCCUUGGUCCUCCUCUAUUAACGACGAUCGUGACAGAAAAACCCACCAUACCAGGACCAAGCAGCGUGUCCAGGAGCAGGCAGCCUGGACGUGGGAGCAGAUUUUGGACGGACAGGGGUCCUGGACCUGGGAGGAAAUCCUGGCCGGGAUGGAUCGCCGGCCAUGGAGUGAGACUGUAGAGAGGCGACGGAGAGAGGAGCAACGGCGUGAUCAGGGUCGUCGUCGGACGGUCGAGAGGCAACCCCAAAUAAUUUUUAGGGGGGGGCACAGGGCAUGGACGACGGGGCUGACGGAGGCAGAAAAGGGGCGUAUUCAAAAGGCCACCAGGUUACGGGGGUCACUGGUAAAGGAAGGUUUAGAGGCACGGCGAGAGGUACUGGGAUGUGUUACCAGUCCGGUCCGGCCCGUUCCAGAUCCCGGGGUAGAGCCAGUGGUGUGUGUCCCCAGUACGGUCCGGCCUGUUACGGCCCCUCGCACCAAAUGGACGGUGCGCGUCGCCAGCCCGGUCCGGCCUGUUCCUGCCUCUCGCACCAAGCCUACGGUGUGCGUCGCCAGCCCGGUCCGGCCUGGCCCUGCUCCACGCACCAAGCCUACGGUGUGCGUCGCCAGCCCGGUCCGGCCUGUCCCUGCUCCACGCACCAAGCCUACGGUGUGCGUCGCCAGCCCGGUCCGGCCUGUCCCUGCUCCACGCACCAAGCCUACGGUGUGCGUCGCCAGCCCGGUCCGGCCUGUCCCUGCUCCACGCACCAAGCCUACGGUGUGCGUCGCCAGCCCGGUCCGGCCUGUCCCUGCUCCUCGCACCAAGCCUACGGUGUGCGUCGCCAGCCCGGUCCGGCCUGUCCCUGCUCCUCGCACCAAGCCUACGGUGUGCGUCGCCAGCCCGGUCCGGCCUGUUCCUACUCCACGCACCAAGCCAGGGGUGCGCAUCGUCAGCCCGGCCCGGCUGGUUCCUGCCACUCGCACCACGUCUACGGUGCGCGUCGCCAGCCCGGCCCGGCCUGUUCCUGCCACUCGCACCAAGCCAGGGGUGCGAGUCGUCAGCCCGGUUCGGCCCGUUCCUACUCCACGCACCAAGCCAGGGGUGCAAGUCGUCAGCCCGGUUCGGCCCGUUCCGGCUCCACGCACCAAGCCAGGGGUGCGCGUCGUCAGUCCAACACAACCCGUGCCUGGGUCACCGGUGCCUGGUAAGGUACCGGUCAACGGCUCCACUACGGAGCUGAAGCUAACCGCUCCUGCUACGUCCAGUUCAGCUCCAGCCAGCGGGGCCAGACCGGACCAGGGGCGCUAUGGGGGGUUUAUUGGAGGGUGGUGGGCAAGGCCGGAGCCAGAACCGCCGCCGAGGAGGUAUGCCCACCCAGCCCUCCCCUGUUUUGUUCUAGUGGAGGCGCGGUCGCAGUCCGCCUUUAGGGGGGGGGUACUGUCACACCCUGGCUCUGGGACUCUAUAUGUUGAGCCAGGGUGUGUUCAUUCUUUGUGUUAUAUUUCUAUGUUGGGGGUUCUAGUUCUUCUGUUUCUUUGUUGGCCUGAGUGACUCCCAAUCAGAGGCAACGAGUGUCAGCUGUGGCUGGUUGUCUCUGAUUGGGAGCCAUAUUUAAACUGUCUGUUUUCCCUUGGUGUUUGUGGGUUUUUGUUCCAGUUGGUCUUUGUUACCUAGGACGUUACGAGUCGUUUUGUUGUUUUGUAUCGUGUGUGCACUUUAACUAAUUAAAGUAUGUUCGCUCAACACGCUGCGCCUUGGUCCUCCUCUAUUAACGACGAUCGUGACAGAGAGAGGGAGAGAGAGAGGAAGUGAGAGAGGGAGAGAGGGAGACAGGAAGUGAGGGAGAGAGGGAGUGAGAGAGAAAAAGGAAUACUGAAGAGAGAACAAGAGUGCCAUACCCUGAUUAGGGUUUAAUCAAAUCAAAUCAAAUAUUAUUGGUUACAUACACAUAUUUAGCAGAUGUUAUUGCGGGUGUAGUGAAAUGCUUGUGUUCCCUGCUCCAAUAGUGUCUUUCUACAUCAUGUCUUUUUACAGAUUAGAGGCUCUUGGAAAGAAAAUAUGCUCCCUCCUCCCCUUUAAAGUUUGAGAUCCCUGGCGUCCCUCCUCCCCUUUAAAGAUUAGAGCACCCUGGCCUCCCUCCUCCCCUUUAAAGAUUAGAGGCCCCUGUCCUCCCUCCCCCCCUUUAAAGAUUAGAGGCCCCUGUCCUCCCUCCCCCCCUUUAAAGAUUAGAGGCCCCUGUCCUCUCUCCCCCCCUUUAAAGAUUAGAGGCCCCUGUCCUCUCUCCCCCAUCUAAAGAUUAGAGGCCCCUGUCCUCUCUCCCCCCUCUAAAGAUUAGAGGCCCCUGUCCUCUCUCCCCCCUCUAAAGAUUAGAGGCCCCUGUCCUCUCUCCCCCCUCUAAAGAUUAGAGACCCUGUCCUCUCUCCCCCCUCUAAAGAUUAGAGGCCCCUGUCCUCUCUCCCCCCUCUAAAGAUUAGAGGCCCCUGUCCUCUCUCCAUCCCUCUAAAGAUUAGGAGGGGCAACUCCACAACUCAUUUCAUAUUGAUGAAGAGCUAAAAGUACUGGAGGAAACACACAUUUAUGAGGAAACGGCUCUAGCCAAGACAUGUGGUUCUGUGCAGACAGCUUUUCCUCUCAGAGGGAAUUCCACUCCUCCAAACCCCGCUGUAAUCAAUGCAUUUUUCAUCACAUGGUGUCAAACGAGGUGGACGCAAUUAUGGGAGAAUGUCUCGGGGGAAACAGGGGUUUGGGGUUGAUCAUGGCACCGUCUCAAAUAGCAUCCUACUCCCUAUGUGGCCUGGUCAAAAGCAGUGCACUAUAAAUGGAAUAGGGUGCAUCUUGGGACGCAGCCUUGUCGUUGGUCACGCCUGCAGGGAUGAGCUGCUGGAACACACAGACACACCACUCCUCCUCCCACUCCAACUGCCGUGUCUGUCUCUGUGGUCAACAGGGUGGAGAGGAGGAGAGAGGAGGGGAGGGGAGGGGAGGGGAGAGGAGAGGAGAGGAGAGGAGAGGAGAGGAGAGGAGAGGAGAGGAGAGGAGAGGAGGAGGAGUGGAGAGGAGAGGAGAGGAGAGGAGAGGAGAGGAGAGGAGAGGAGCGGAGAGGAGAGGAGAGGAGAGGAGAGGAGAGGAGAGGAGAGGAGUGGAGAGGAGAGGAGAGGAGUGGAGAGGAGAGGAGAGGAGAGGAGAGGAGAGGAGAGGAGAGGAGAGGAGAGGAGAGGAGAGGAGAGGAGAGGAGAGGAGAGGAGAGGAGAGGAGAGGAGAGGAGAGGAGGUAUUCCCUUGGUAUUGAUAAGACCUUCACACCCUCUGAUUCAAGCAGUGUUGAUACUAUAGUGACUAGAACAUUGUAACCUUUCCAUCUGUAUGACAAGACCUAAUGACGACCUGCAGAUUGAACUGGCAUGUAGAUCAGAUGUUUUAUGGAACAUAAUUUUUUCAGUUCACUAACAAUUCUCUCAUUCAACUUAAAGAUGUUCCUGCUUCCCCUUUACCAGGACUCACAACAUCAUACUGUCAGAGACACUCCUAAUGGACACUACAUAAACUACAUACUGUCAGAGACACUCCUAAUGGACACUACAUAAACUACAUACUGUCAGAGACACUCUUAAUGGACACUACAUAAACUACAUACUGUCAGAGACACUCCCAAUGGACACUACAUAAACUACAUACUGUCAGAGACACUCCUAAUGGACACUACAUAAACUACAUAAUGUCAGAGACACUCCUAAUGGACACUACAUCAACUACAUAAUGUCAGAGACACUCCUAAUGGACACUACAUCAACUACAUACUGUCAGAGACACUCCUAAUGGACACUACAUAAACUACAUACUGUCAGAGACACUCCUAAUGGACACUACAUAAACUAAGACACAAUCAAAAACAGUAGUGACAAUACAUUGAUAUAACAUCAUCCUGGGGCAAAUACAACAUUGCAAAGAGUCACUCAUUUGUUCACUCAAAUUCCAGAUACAAGAGAGUGAGAAAGAAUGUGUCACCCUACCUACUCUGGCUAAUUACCUACCCUGGAUAAUGUUGUCUGACAGCAUGACAGUGAAGUGAUAAGGUUUGGUAAACAAAGAUAGAACACAGCUCUGCCUCUAAAUAUACUGUAUGGUCCUAGUGCUGUACUGAAUCCUCAUACUGAGAACAUGGAACAUCCCAACGACUUCAGCAAGGGGCUACUGCUGCUCUCUGUUCUUUCAACCAUCUUCAAUUCUCUCAAUGCUGUCGAAUUCUGUUCCAACACUAUUCUACCGGGAUCUAAAGGUGAUGUUUUGAAUCUUCCAUCUUCGGGCUUUCUAAAGGAUUUUUAGAACUAUCUAGUGUUUCUCUGCAGUACAGCAAUCUUUCUGAUUUCAUGGUAGCGCUUGGGAAUAGUUAGGGCCGAAAACAUUUGUAAACCUCAUCAUAGAUAUUGCCAUUUAAUAGAUAUGUUAUGCAAAUUCAAAUCAUUUAAAAUGUAAAGCAAACAAAUGAUGAUCUAAAGACUGUCUGCAGCAUGUUAAACCAGGUGGUUAAUGGAGAUAGCGUGAUCUGUCUGCACCAUGUUAAACCAGGUGGUUAAUGGAGAUAGCAUGAUCUGUCUGCACCAUGUUAAACCAGGUGGUUAAUUGAGAUAGCAUGAUAUGUCUGCAGCAUGUUAAACCAGGUGGUUAAUGGAGAUAGCGUGAUCUGUCUGCACCAUGUUAAACCAGGUGGUUAAUGGAGAUAGCGUGAUCUGUCUGCACCAUGUUAAACCAGGUGGUUAAUGGAGAUAGCAUGAUAUGUCUGCACCAUGUUAAACCAGGUGGUUUAUGGAGAUAGCAUGAUCGGUCUGCACCAUGUUAAACUAGGUGGUUAAUGGAGAUAGCAUGAUAUGUCUGCAGCAUGUUAAACCAGGUGGUUAAUGGAGAUAGCGUGAUCUGUCUGCACCAUGUUAAACCAGGUGGUUAAUGGAGAUAGCGUGAUCUGUCUGCACCAUGUUAAACCAGGUGGUUAAUGGAGAUAGCAUGAUAUGUCUGCACCAUGUUAAACCAGGUGGUUUAUGGAGAUAGCAUGAUCGGUCUGCACCAUGUUAAACCAGGUGGUUAAUGGAGAUAGCAUGAUCUGUCUGCACCAUGUUAAACCAGGUGGUUAAUGGAGAUAGCAUGAUCUGUAUGCACCAUGUUAAACCAGGUGGUUAAUGGAGAUAGUAUGAUCUGUCUGCACCAUGUUAAACCAGGUGGUUAAUGGAGAUAGUAUGAUCUGUCUGCACCAUGUUAAACCAGGUGGUUAAUGGAGAUAGCAUGAUCUGUCUGCAGCAUGUUAAACCAGGUGGUUAAUGGAGAUAGCAUGAUCUAUCUGCAGCAUGUUAAACCAGGUGGUUAAGGGAGAUAGCAUGAUAUGUCUGCACCAUGUUAAACCAGGUGGUUAAUGGAGAUAGCAUGAUCUGUCUGCACCAUAUUAAACCAGGUGGCUAAUGGAGAUUGCAUGAUCUGUCUGCACCAUGUUAAACCAGGUGGUUAAUGGAGAUAGCAUGAUCUGUCUGCACCAUGUUAAACCAGGUGGUUAAUGGAGAUAGCAUGAUCUAUCUGCAGCAUGUUAAACCAGGUGGUUAAUGGAGAUAGCAUGAUCUGUCUGCACCAUGUUAAACCAGGUGGUUAAUGGAGAUAGCAUGAUCUGUCUGCACCAUGUUAAACCAGGUGGUUAAUGGACAUACCAUGCCUCGGUUGCUGUUUUGUUGUUUUACUACAACAGUAGCUUGUUUCCUACAGAGACCCUGCUGGUAGCAAACGAUAACCAUGUGUUGAAAUAGUACAGUCACUUCCAUGUCCUUUAUUGGUUGGUUUGAGAGGCUGCUACUGUUGUAGUGUUGUGCAGUAUUAACAUGGUGUUGGCUAUGUAGUUUAGACUAGAACUAACAUCCUUAGACAGUAGAGGUAACACUUAUUUGGGGAUUUUAGGAGGAGUAUAUAUAUGUCAUGAGUAAUUUUUAUACAAUGUUUCACUUUGUUUUGCGUGUUAUUGCUAGCCACAGAGAAGUGGCCACUAUGACUGUCUGGCUGACUGACUGUCUGUAUUGAAACAGCUGCUCCACAAUAGAGGAGUUUAUUUAGUUAAGACCCAUCCCCAAACAGUACUGUCUAUAUGGACUGAGAAACAAUGGCUACGGUUUGUCUUGAAGUCAGUGAACCUGUAAACCCGUGCACAGAAAAGCCAAGUCAGUUUUUCUCCGUUCAAAUGAGACCCUUUCAGCCCCACUGAGCAAACCUCUGUCUCUAUUUCUAGUCUCUUCUCUCUGUAGUUUUGCUUGAUAUAUUUAUUACGUUGUCAUAAAAUGGAUGAUAUGCUGUAUCUUCCUCUCAUUGUGAUUGGUCCUCUGAGUUCAUGGGAGGCCAUUUUGAAAUGCAUAAAAGCCUCAUUGUUUUUUUUAUUUAUGUAAAAACCCUGAAGGCCAAAAGCCGAAACACGUUGGUUUUAUUUGCAACAAUAAAGAAGCUUUUUUUAUUUACUUCCAUUGGCCUCCCAAGAGUUGCUGAAUCUCCUCUCGACUUUUCUUCCUCUCCUAACAGGAGACCUGGGUGAAGGGGGAGAUCAGGGAGAUCAGGGACGGCUGGGGAAGACCGGCCCACCAGGACUACCAGGUUCCUGCUUAUAUAUUUUUUAUUGGUUUAAUAUUAGAAUACAUCAUUGAGAGAUUAAAAGGAAGUGGUAUAAAAGCCAUGGAGUUGAUUAAACUCUCCGGCAUGUUCUACUGCUCCUUUUUAAAUUGUUGUCUUGAUUUUUUAAAUGUGUGAUUUGUAAACUAAACUAAACAGAGUUUCCUGACGCUUUUAAACAGAGUAUCUGAACAGAGUUUGCUGAUGGUUUUAAACAGAGUAUCUAAACAGAGUUUCCUGACGCUUUUAUACAGAGUAUCUGAACAGAGUUUCCUGAUGGUUUUAAACAGAGUAUCUAAACAGAGUUUACUGAUGGUUUUAAACAGAGUAUCUAAACAGAGUUUGUUAACAUCUAAGUGAGCUGAGGCGUGUUGUAUACUCCCCAGAGAUUAAGGUAUGUAAACCCCCUCAGUUGAAGGUAAAUGCCUAAAUAAGCCCUCAAUACUCUAGAUUCAGAAGCAGAACAGACUCUAGCGAUCCCCCCAGUCUUUCUAUAUUCAGAAGUAUUACAGACUCUAGCGAUCCCCCCAGUCUUUCUAUAUUCAGAAGUAUUACAGACUCUAGCGAUCCCCCCAGUCUUUCUAGAUUCAGAAGCAACACUGUGUCUGACUCUGAUGUGAGUGAGUGAGGUCGAAUUGGCCCCAGCAGUGAGCUGAGUUACAGCGGAGUAGCCUAGGCCAGCUCCGACAGCCUCUGUGAGCCUGACUCUCUGCUUUUCCUUGAAGGAAGUCACAUCAGAGCAGAGGGAAGCAGACGUGUUAAACGCUUCUACAGGAUGGCGGGUGGCGGGAGCACCAUAUGUGUUCUGCGGGUGGUAGAACUAGGAGGCAGAGAGGCAGGGCCAGGCGCUAAAUUGACUUCUGGCUGGCUGGCCUCUGAAAACAUUCCCUACAUACUACUGUAGUUGACUAAGCUAAGAUUGACUGAAGCCAAAGGGUAAUUGCCUUUAAUUUGUGUAUAUAGCACAACUUUACUUUGCAUGAAAGGGCCACUAAACUAAUCUGCAUCCCAAAUGGCACCAUAUUCCCUAAAUAGUGCACUACUUUUUACCAGGGCACAUAGAGCUCUGGUCAAAAGUAGUGCACUAUGUAGGUAUUGGGAAUAGGGUGUCAUUUGGGCCACUAAACUAAAGUUUACUCAGAACCUUUCCUUACCAUCAGCUGCUGGUGCCUUCAACACCUGGGAGGAGGGGAGUCGUUAGACAACUUAGAACGGUUGGCCUUUGAAAAGGGGGUAGUGAAAUGAGAGAAUGUUAUCUUGAACUUCUGAUUGACGGUUGAACUGGCAAUACAGUUGAAGUCGGGAGUUUACAUACACCUUAGCCAAAUACAUUUAAACUCAGUUUUUCACAAUUCCUGACAUUUAAUCCUAGUAAAAAUUCCCUGUCUUGGGUCAGUUAGGAUCACCACUUUAUUUUAAGAAUGUGAAAUGUCAGAAUAAUAGUAGAGAGAAUGAUUUAUUUCAGCUUUUUUUCUUCACACACUCAAUUAGUAUUUGGUAGCAUUGCCUUUAAAUUGUUUAACUUGGGUCAAAUGUUUCGGGAAGCCUUCCACAAGCUUCCCACAAUAAAUUGGGUGAAUUUUGGCCCAUUCCUCCUGACAGAGCUGGUGUAACUGAGUCAGGUUUGUAGGCCUCCUUGCUCGCACACAAUUUUUCAGUUCUGCCCACACAUUUUCUAUAGGAUUGUACUAUACUUUUGUACCGGUUUCCUCCAGCAUCUUCACAAGGUCCUUUGCUGUUGUUAUGGGACUGAUUUGCACUUUUCGCACCAAAGUACGUUCAUCUCUAGGAGACAGAACGCGUCUCCAUCCUGAGCGGUAUGACAGCCGCGUGGUCCCAUGGUGUUUAUACUUGCGUACUAUUGUUUGUACAGAUGAACGUGGUACCUUCAGGCGUUUAGAAAUUGCUCCCAAGGAUGAACCAGACUUGUGGAGGUCUACAAUUUUUUUUGCUGAGGUCUUGGCUGAUUUCUUUUGAUUUUCCCAUGAUGUCAAGCAAAGAGGCACUGAGUUUGAAGGUAGGCCUUGAAAUACAUCCACAGGUACACCUCCAAUUGACUCAAAUGAUGUCAAUUAGCCUAUCAGAAGCUUCUAAAGCCAAUUUUCUGGAAUUUUCCAAGCUGUUUAAAGGCACAGUCAACUUAGUGUAUGUAAAUUUCUGAGCCACUGGAAUUGUGAUACAGUGAAUUAUAAAUGAAAUAAUCUGUCUGUAAACAAUUGUUGGAAAAAUUACUUGUGUCAUGCACAAAGUAGAUGUCCUAACCGACUUGCCAAAACUAUAGUUUGUAAACAAGAAAUUUGUGGAUUGGUUGAAAAACGAGUUUUAAUGACUCCAACCUAAGUGUAUGUAAACUUCCGACUUCAACUGUAUCAGUGGGAAAAUGUCAAUAAUCAGGGCCCAGAUUCACAAAACCUUCUUAAGAAGACAUUUCUUCUUAACUGCCAUGUUUUCCCUUAACUCUAUAUAGACUUAAGGAGAAAGUUAAGCGAAGUUGCUAUUCCUCAAAAAGGUUCUUGGAAAUGUUCUUGUGCAAUUUCUUACAUUUCUCCUUAAGCAACAAGUUAAGAAGAAAUUAGAUUUUUGACAAAUAAAGUUAUUGGAAAUGUUCUUAAUUCCAAGAUCGCUAAACCCUUGUCUUAAACUAAUGGCAUUGAGAGAAAAAGCGCAUGAAAGCAAUUGAACAUGUUUAAUUCACUCACAAACUUCAUCUGAAAGUUUCAGUAUUGAUUAUUUUAAACCCAAGAACAUGUUUUAGAACAGUAAUCUCAGUAGUAAAUUUGCUAACAUGAUUGCCAUUGCCAGCUAGAUAGCUAGCUAAAUCUAGCAAGCAUCUUAAGAAGAUUUGUAAGAAGAUAUUUGAGAAGUUAGUAGGAAAAUCAAUACAUCUUAAGAUAUUGUUGAGGAAUUGCACGUACGAACUAUCUAUGAACUUCUUAUUUUUUUUCUUAAGAUACUUCUUACGUUUUUUUCGUAAGAAGUGUUUUGUGAAUCUGGGCCCAGGCCUGUAUAGGUAGUGGAUAAUUAAGCAAUAAGGCCAGUAUGAAAAAUGUAUGCACUCACUAACUGUAAGUCGCUCUGGAUAAAAGCGUCUGCUAAAUGACUAAAAUGUAAAUGUAAGGCACAAGAGGCACUGCUGUAUUAUGACUACAGUCACAGGUAAAUGACAUUGUUCGGCCUGACGUGAUAAGGCACUGCCUUGUGUGCCUCGUUGCUUUUAUAAAACUCUUACCAACAUAUUUAAAAUAACAAUGGUUACAUAUUUUCAUUAAAACAUUAUUUUGAUAACUCAAUACAUACAAUUUAAUUAUUCCACCAGAAGACAAAAAUCUGGUUGUUAGUUAUUUUGGUCAUGUUGCUACAGACGUGACCGAGUUGUAAAUUAUUUUUGCAUAGUUGCUAUGCAAAAGGUGUGGUCAUCCGUUGUAAAUAAAAUGGUUGCUAUGCAGGCUGUAUAGAUAACGUUAUUGUCACUUGCUAGCUAGUUAGCCGACUUCAGCUAACUCAGUCACGUCAAACAUUGAACCUGGAAUGACAGUACACUUGCUGCAUUUUCGUUUGUUUGAGCUUUUUUUUCUAUUUGCAUUUACUUGGAUAUGUCCAUGAUAAUGACUUUGAUGGGUGAUUUCGACUGGCUCAGAAAAAGUUGUCUAGUCUCGUCUGGGCACCGUUCACUGUAUGGUACUACAGAGAUCUAAAUUCAAAAGUUAAACAUUGUUUCCGAGAUAGACAGUGAGGCUUAUAUUAACCCCCGCUGUACCAAACUAAAUGCUAGGCUGGAAGCAAGGGGAAAUAAUGUGCGAGUUGGGAUAAAUACAGCAACAUGAACAUGAUAGUUUUAUGGAGGCGCAGUGAUACUUUUCAGAUGGAAGUGUUAUCAGGCAUGGGUGUGUCUGUGACGGCAAAUACAACACGGUUUGGAAUGCUGCCCGUCCAAUCAGCAUCCAGGAUCCAAACAACCUGUUUCAUAAUGACUGUUCCUGACUAAAUCAAACAAUCUCUUCACGUUCAGUCUAUCCUUCUAAAUGUCCCACCUGCUAGAAUGUUCCAUGUUGAGAAAUGUUUCCGUGUGUUAGGAUCUUUUCUUAUCAGAACAUUAUGCUGAAAUUAUUGUGCUGAAAAAUGAGGACUGAGAUACUUGAGCUGAACAUAUGGGAAAGGAAAGGGGGAUACCCAGUCAGUUGUACAACUGAAUGCAUUCAACUGAAAUGUGUCUUCUGCAUUUAACCCAACACCUCUGAAUCAGAGAGGUGUGGAGGGCUGACUUAAUCAGUGGUGGAAAAAGUACCCAAUCGUCAUACUUGAGUAAAAGUAAAGAUAUGUUAAUAGAAAAUGACUCAAGUAAAAGUGAAAGUCACCCAGUAAAAUCCUACAUGAGUAAAAGUCUAAAAGUAUUUGCUUUUCAAAAGUAAAUGUAAUUGAUAAAAUGUACUUAAGUAUCAAAAGUAAAAGUAUAAAUAAUUUUAAAAUCCUUAUAUUAAGCAAACCAGACGGCAUCAUUUUCUUGUUUUUUAUUUAUUUAUAAAUAGCCAGGGGCACACUCCAACACUCAGACAUCAUUUACAAACAAAGCAUUUGUGUUUAUUGAGUCUGCCAGAUCAGAGGCAGUAGAUGACCAGGGAUGUUCUCUUGAUAAGUGCGUGAAUUUGACCAUUUUCCUGUCCUGCUAAGCACUCAUCUACAUUUACAUUUUUAGUCAUUCAAGUUUUAGUCUUCUCCAGAGCGACUUACAGGAGCACUCAAAAUGUAAAGAGAUUUGGAGUCGGGAAGUAUGGGUAAAGACAUUUUUCUUAGGAAUGAGGCAUUAAAGUAAAAGUCUCAAAAAUAAAAUUGUUAAAGUAAAGUACGAUACCAAAAAAGACACUUAAGUAGUAUGUGAUAAAAGCAAUAUUCUAGUAGAAUGGUCAUGUGUAAAGUACAGCUUUGGAAGGUCCUGUCGUAAGAUUAUUUAAAACAAUCAUUGAGAUGAAUAUUGUCAGAUGGAAAGCUUGAGUGUGGGUCCUGGAGAAGUAACGCUACAGCAUUGAAAAGCAAAUUCCACAAAUCCAUGUCACUGAAAGCAAAGCACGCAGAGAAAAAGAGCGAGAGAUCAGACAAGAGAGCAGACAGAGGGAGAGAAACAACCCAAAGAAGAUAGAGAGAGAAAAACAAAAGCAAAGCAAGAAAGCACGAGAGAGAAACAGAGAGAAAGGAAAAGGAGAAAGGGAGAGAGAAAGAGAAAACGAACAAGAAAGCGGAAAGCAACAAGAGACCUCAACGCUCCCCCCCUAAAGAACCACCCUAUCCUAUCACUAUACUAGCAUCACGAACCCCCUCUCCUUCUACCCCCCUCUCCCCCUCUCUCUCCCUCUCACCCUCUCUCUCUCUCACCCUCUCUCUCACCCUCUCGCUCCCCUCGCUCUCUCUCUCUCUCUCUCUUUCUCUCUCUCUCUUUGGCCUUUAGUUACUCUCUUUAAAUUCCAACAAGUAAACCUAACUGCCACACAAAAUCAUAAGAAAACAGCAAUAAAGAAACAGAUAAAAAACUCCCUACCUAUUUACAGUUUUCUUUGGGUGGGCAGUUCACCAGUCUUCUCCUUCCCCUCUCUCAGGUUUGACAGGGGAACUCGGAGGUAAAGGAGAGGUGGGCCGGACGGGGAAGAUGGGUCCUGCUGGAGACAAAGGUAAUCAUUUAGUAAUCAGACUGACUGAGAAAUAUUCUGCUCAUGGAGAAGAAAACUGUUCUGGCUGCAUCUCAGGCCAAUGAUACAGAGGCUGUGUCUCUAAUGCCACCCUAUUCCCGUUAUAGUGCACUACUUUUGACCAUAGGAAUGAUCCUGUUAUAGUGCACUACUUUUGACCAUAGGAAUGGUCAAAAGUAGUGCACUAUACAGGGAAUAGGGUGCCAUUUUGGGUGUAGCCACAGAGACACACUGCCAGACCCAAACUACCUGGGCAAAAUACUUUGAGCAAAGUAUUGAAAGAUUUCAAAUAGUGUUUGAACCCAGGUCUGUCUAGUAGAUGCAUUAACAACCUGAGUGGCCUGCCUGGAGUAUCAGAUGGACAGGGGUUACAGGGUUGGGACUAUUCUAUCUGUCUAUUUAGCCAGGCAAGCUCAAUCAAGCACAGCUAAAGUAUUUACAUAGAUGCCAUUACUACCCCCCCCCCCCCCCCCCCCCCCCCCCCCCCCCCCCCCCACCUCUCCAUAAAACCUGUUUAUGUGUGUGUAUGUGUGUCUUUCUGAGGGGUUAAAAGCAGAAGUCAAAGUUCCGUUGGACCUUGUGUGCAAUUGACCAAUAAAGUGAUCGUAAUCUUCAAAUAACGUCAAAUAGUAUUUGAACUCAGGUCUGCUGGUAGAGAAUUAUUUUCCAUGGUCAUCAAUGUGAUUAGCUUGGAAGGGACUCAUAUUUAGGCGUAAGGAACAUGUGAAAACCCUGUGUACGUCCCAAAUGGCAUCUAUUCCCUAUAUAGUGCACUACUUUUGACCAAAAGUAGUCAAAAGUAGUGCACUAUAUAGGGAAUAGGGUGCCAUUUGGGAUGCUACCCCCCUCUCUGAAGCGACAUGUACGUAUACUUCAAGGCUUAAUCAAGAGUCUGGUCAAUCCUGCCUGUAAUGCUUUGAGAGCCUUACAGAAAUCCAGACCUCACUUAGCAGGCGCAAUAAUGACAUUGUCAACUUAGUAGGUUAAGAUAUGGGCCUAACAAUAACCUAAACAUGUCCACAAUGGGUGAUAUGAAGACAUUAAGCUAGUACCAUUUUUCCAGGUAACUGUGGAAAAACAUAGGUCAUUUUCAUGAAGCUGUAUCAAGUCAAGAGAAAAGCCUUCAAAUCAAUCUCAGUGAAAAUAUCAGAUCCUUGAGCUAUUUUGUGACAUAAUAAUGUGACACCUACACAUUAUUGUACCCCGGUAGUCUAACUGUCAUAAAAACAACCUGUGUUGUGUUUGGAAUAUAAUUACUUCCCCUAAAUUGUCAACUGUCAGUUAGGGGGUAAAACACCUGCUUUAGGGACAGGUUGAAUCACCCUCCUGUCAGUUAGGGGGUAAAACACCUGCUUUAGGGAGGAGGUAAAACACCUGUUUAGGGAGAGGUUGAAUCACCCUCCUGUCAGUUAGGAGGUAAACAACUACUGUAGGGAGAGGUCGAAUCACCCUCCUGUCAGUUAGGGGGUAAAACACCUACUCUGGGGAGAGGUCGAAUCACCCUCCAGCCACAUCUCUUCUCUGUGAAGUGAAGCACUGUGGCGUGCUGCUGUCUAGUGGUGAUAUCUUUCCACUGCAAAUAGUUUUCAUCCUGAAGCAGAGAUCUACUCAGCAAAAUGGAUAUGGCUGGUCGCUAUCCUUACUGGGCUAUGCUGCUGUCCCUUAUAUGUAGUCUAACUGUACAUGUUAAUUCCAGGGGACGCGGGAGAAGCAGGAGUUGAAGGACCCUCUGGACUGAAAGGGAAAGCAGGUGGACUCAUUUAUUAUUCAGCCUCAUUCUUUGUUCUUGUAUGUUUCCAAACCAAUGGAGAUACAGUGAGGGAAAAAAGUAUUUGAUCCCCUGCUGAUUUUGUACGUUUGCCAACUGACAAAGACAUGAUCAGUCUAUAAUUUUUAAUGGUAGGUUUAUUUGAACAGUGAGAGACAGAAUAACAACAAAAAAAUCCAGAAAAACGCAUGUCAAAGAUGUUAUACAUUUUUUUGCAUUUUAAUGUGGGAAAUAAGUAUUUGACACCUCUGCAAAACAUGACUUAGUACUUGGUGGCAAAACCCUUGUUGGCAAUCACAGAGGUCAGACGUUUCUUGUAGUUGGCCACCAGGUUUUCACACAUCUCAGGAGGGAUUUUGUCCCACUCCUCUUUGCAGAUCUUCUCCAAGUCAUUAAGGUUUUGAGGCUGACGCUUGGCAACUCGAACCUUCAGCUCCCUCCACAGAUUUUGGGAUUAAGGUCUGGAGACUGGCUAGGCCACUCCAGGACCUUAAUGUGCUUCUUCUUGAGCCACUCCUUUGUUUCCUUGGCCGUGUGUUUUGGGUCAUUGUCAUGCUGGAAUACCCAUCCACAACCCAUUUUCAAUGCCCUGGCUGAGGGAAGGAGGUUCUCACCCAAGAUUUGACGGCCCUGUCCAUCGUCCCUUUGAUGCAGUGAAGUUGUCCUGUCCCCUUAGCAGAAAAACACCCCCAAAGCAUAAUGUUUCCACCUCCAUGUUUGACGGUGGGGAUGGUGUUCUUGGGGUCAUAGGCAGCAUUCCUCCUCCUCCAAACACGGUGAGUUGAGUUGAUGCCAAAGAGCUCGAUUUUGGUCUCAUCUGACCACAACACUUUCACCCAGUUCUCCUCUGAAUCAUUCAGAUGUUCAUUGGCAAACUUCAGACGGGCCUAUACAGUGGGGAAAAAAAGUAUUUAGUCAGCCACCAAUUGUGCAAGUUCUCCCACUUAAAAAGAUGAGAGAGGCCUGUAAUUUUCAUCAUAGGUACACGUCAACUAUGACAGACAAAAUGAGAAAAAAAAAUCCAGAAAAUCACAUUGUAGGAUUUUUAAUGAAUUUAUUGGCAUAUGAUUGUGGAAAAUAAGUAUUUGGUCAAUAACAAAAGUUUCUCAAUACUUUGUUAUAUACCCUUUGUUGGCAAUGACACAGGUCAAACGUUUUCUGUAAGUCUUCACAAGGUUUUCACACACUGUUGCUGGUAUUCUGGCCCAUUCCUCCAUGCAGAUCUCCUCUGGAGAAGUGAUGUUUUGGGGCUGUCGCUGGGCAACACAGACUUUCAACUCCCUCCAAAGAUUUUCUAUGGGGUUGAGAUCUGGAGACUGGCUAGGCCACUCCAGGACCUUGAAAUGCUUCUUACGAAGCCACUCCUUCGUUGCCCGGGCUGUGUGUUUGGGAUCAUUGUCAUGCUGAAAGACCCAGCCACGUUUCAUCUUCAAUUACCUUGCUGAUGGAAGGAGGGUUUCACUCAAAAUCUCACGAUACAUGGCCCCAUUCAUUCUUUCCUUUACACGGAUCAGUCGUCCUGGUCCCUUUGCAGAAAAACAGCCCCAAAGCAUGAUGUUUCCAACCCCAUGCUUCACAGUAGGUAUGGUGUUCUUUGGAUGCAACUCAGCAUUCUUUGUCCUCCAAACAUGACGAGUUGAGUUUUUACCAAAAAUUUAUAUUUUGGUUUCAUCUGACCAUAUGACAUUCUCCCAAUCCUCUUCUGGAUCAUCCAAAUGCACUUCAGACGGGCCUGGACAUGUACUGGCUUAAGCAGGGGGACACGUCUCUCACUGCAGGAUUUGAGUCCCUGGCGGCGUAGUGUGUUACUGAUGGUAGGCUUUGUUACUUUGGUCCCAGCUCUCUGCAGGUCAUUCACUAGGUCCCCCCGUGUGGUUCUGGGAUUUUUGCUCACCGUUCUUGUGAUCAUUUUGACCCCACGGGGUGAGAUCUUGCGUGGAGCCCCAGAUCGAGGGAGAUUAUCAGUGGUCUUGUAUGUCUUCCAUUUCCUAAUAAUUGCUCCCACAGUUGAUUUAUUCAAACCAAGCUGCUUACCUAUUGCAGAUUCAGUCUUCCCAGCCUGGUGCAGGUCUACAAUUUUGUUUUUGGUGUCCUUUGACAGCUCUUUGGUCUUGGCCAUUGUGGAGUUUGGAGUGUGACUGUUUGAGGUUGUGGACAGGUGUCUUUUAUACUGAUAACAAGUUCAAACAGGUGCCAUUAAUACAGGUAACGAGUGGAGGACAGAGGAGCCUCUUAAAGAAGAAGUUACAGGUCUGUGAGAGCCAGAAAUCUUGCUUGUUUGUAGGUGACCAAAUACUUAUUUUCCACCAUAAUUUGCAAAUAAAUUCAUUAAAAAUCCUACAAUGGGAUUUUCUGGAUUUUUUUUUCUCAAUUUGUCUGUCAUAGUUGACGUGUACCUAUGAUGAAAAUUACAGGCCUCUCUCAUCUUUUUAAGUGGGAGAACUUGCACAAUUGGUGGCUGACUAAAUACUUUUUUUCCCCACUGUAUAUGUGCUUUCUUGAGCAGGGGGACCUUGCGGGCGCUGCAGGAUUUCAGUCCUUCACGGCGUAGUGUGUUACCAAUUGUUUUCUUGGUGACUAUGGUCCCAGCUGCCUUGAGAUCAUUGACAAGAUCCUCCCGUGUAGUUCUGGGCUGAUUCCUCACCGUUCUCAUGAUCAUUGCAACUCCACGAGGUGAGAUCUUGCAUGGAGCCCCAGGCCGAGGGAGAUUGACAGGUCUUUUGUGUUUCUUCCAUUUGCGAAUAAUCGCACCAACUGUUGUCACCUUCUCACCAAGCUGCUUGGCGAUGGUCUUGUAGCCCAUUCCAGCCUUGUGUAGGUCUACAAUCUUGUCCCUGACAUCCUUGGAGAGCUCUUUGGUCUUGGCCAUGGUGUAGAGUUUGGAAUCUGAUUGAUUGAUUGCUUCUGUGGACAGGUGUAUUUUAUACAGGUAACAAGCUGAGAUUAGGAACACUCCCUUUAAGAGUGUGCUCCUAAUAUCAGCUCGUUACCUGUAUAAAAGACACCUGGGAGCCAGAAAUCUUUCUGAUUGAGAGGGGGUUAAAUACUUAUUUCCCUCAUUAAAAUGCAAAUCAAUUUAUAACAUUUUUGACAUGCAUUUUUCUGGAUUUUUUGUUGUUGUUAUUCUGUCUCUCACUUUUCAAAUAAUCCUACCAUUAAAAUUAUAGACUGAUCAUUUCUUUGUCAGUGGGCAAACGUACAAAAUCAGCAGGGGAUCAAAUACUUUUUUUCCCUCAACUGUAGCACCUCCAAGUCACUAGCACACAAUGUUGUGUCUUCACAUUCUGGAGUGGGCUAGAGUUGCAAAAAGGGUUUUCCUGAAAGAUAAUGGUGUUUAUUGUAAGACACUGCUGUAGCUGACGACAUGGAUGUCUGACAGGAACAACGUGUGACUGUGGGAGGUACAGGAAGGUAGUUGGACAGAUGGACGUCAAUGUCAGAAAGCUGAAGAAUGCAGUCAAGUUUGUGAAAAAUGGUAAGUCAUUUUAUUCUGCUUAAAUCAUCAUUAUUAGGUCAGAUCAUUAGAAAACAAUUAAACUAAUCUAAGUAAUCUAAGAAAAUCUCAGCCAAUGUUUAGCCCAGUGUAAAUCAAACUGGCAUUCUACAACACAUAAAAUAGUGUUUUGACUUGGAUUGAAUGAAUAAGGAGUUUUUACUGAUAUUGGAUUGAAUGAAUAAGGAGUUUUGACUGAUAUUGGAUUGAAUGAAUAAGGAGUUUUGAUUGAUAUUGGAUUGAAUGAAUAAGGAGUUUUGACUGAUAUUGGAUUGAAUGAAUAAGGAGUUUUGACUGAUACUGGGUUGAAUGAAUAAGGAGUUUUGACUGAUAUUGGAUUGAAUGAAUAAGGAGUUUUGACUGAUAUUGGAUUGAAUGAAUAAGGAGUUUUGACUGAUAUUAGAUUGAAUGAAUAAGGAGUUUUGACUGAUAUUGGAUUAAAUGAAUAAGGAGUUUUGACUGAUAUUGGAUUGAAUGAAUAAGGAGUUUUGACUGAUAUUGGAUUGAAUGAAUAAGGAGUUUUGACUGAUAUUGGAUUGAAUGAAUAAGGAGUUUUGACUGAUAUUGGAUUGAAUGAAUAAGGAGUUUUGACUGAUAUUGGAUUGAAUGAAUAAGGAGUUUUGACUGAUAUUGGAUUGAAUGAAUAAGGAGUUGACUCCAACUUAUUACAUCUCAUAUGUCAUAUUCAGUCAUUUUAGGCAUCAAGGAAACAGAGGAUACAUUUUACCUGAUUGUGAAAGAGGCCAGAAAGUACAGAGAGGCUCUGAUGAACUGUAAACUGAGGGGCGGUAUACUCGCCAUGCCCAAAACAACAGACACCAACACCCUGAUAGCAGACUACGUCACCCAGGCUGGCCUUACCCGGGUCUUCAUUGGGCUGCAGGCUGAGCAGAAGGGGGGAGGGCCUGUCUAUGCAGACCUGACCCCAGUGAGGAACUAUACAGCCUGGGGCCUAGAGGAGCCAUCAGGGGCCCCUACCAACACCAGCUGUGUGGAGAUGAUCAGCACAGGUACGUCAAGACAUUUUAACAUUUAAUCACUACGAUUGACUAGUCCUAAUUCUAAUUCUAGAUAUCAAAAGGGGCAAAACUGAAGUGGCACCCUAUUCCCUGGCCUAUAGAGUCCACUACUCUGGUCAAAUGUAGUGCGCUAGGCUAGGGCAAUAGGGUGCCACUUUAGACACAACCAGUAAAUACAUUUGGACUAGUACCAUUUCUGAGUCAAGAUAUCGGCCGCGUUCCCCUGCUCAGACGUUGCAUGCAUCAACCAAUGGUUGCGUGCCACGUCAUCGACUGUGCCGUCUGGCACCAGGUUGCUAUGACACACGACGUGGUUAAAGCUGAUACAUAAAAUACCUAUCCAGGUGUUGUGAGACCUGGAAUGCGUCGGCAAAACAUCUGAGCAGGGGAACGCGACCAUCAACACUUCCAUUUGGACGAGUCCUCCUGAUUGUAAUCACCCACAGGCACCUGGAACCAGGUGGAGUGUGACGCCACCAUGUACUACGUGUGUGAGUUCAAGAAGAGCAGGAGAGGUCUCGCCACCGUGCUGUGAUGUCAUCAAGAAAUUCCAGUGGGAGUCGGUCGAAGGUUGUUGAUGUGGACAUUAGACCUUUAUACUAAGACAGAAACCAAUAGUACUUUAGUUUAUAGAUAAACAUGUAGCCUAUAGUAACUAGACAAAGGUCAUUGAUACAACCUAGCCUACUCGUUGUAAUGAGAUAUUAACUAGAGAUAAAAGUUGGUAUCCCUUUUGACACUUGAACCUUUUUAUAUUUGGGAUAGCAUAUGAAACCUUUCCUUUCUGUAAUAAACACCAUACAAAAUCAAC